AUGCCUCUAGACGAGAACAACAACGAGAGCUAUAGAUGGCUGAGAAGUGUGGGUAACGAUUGGCAGUUUGAUAUCGAGGAUCUACACCCAAAGCAGAUAACCCGUCUCUACAAGAGGUUCGACACCUUCGAUCUAGACAGUGACGGUCGUAUGGACAUGGACGAGAUCCUGUACUGGCCCGACAGAAUGAGACAGCUGGUGAACGCUACUGACGAACAGGUCGACAACAUGAGGGCUGCGUGCUACACUUUCUUCCUCAACAAAGGAGUGGAUCCAGUUAACGGGUUACUUAGGGAGAACUGGGUUGAGUCUAACAGAGUCUUUGCUGAGGCUGAAAGAGAGAGGGAACGACGUGGUGAACCCUCCUUGAUUGGUCUUUUGUCAGACGCUUACUACGAUGUCCUGGAUGAUGACGGUGAUGGUACUGUUGAUGUUGAUGAACUAAAGACCAUGAUGAAGGCUUUUGAUGUGCCUCAGGAGGCUGCCUACACCUUCUUUGAGAAAGCUGACACGGACAAGAGUGGAAAACUGGAGCGAAACGAACUGAUCCAUCUCUUCAGAAAGUUCUGGAUGGAGUCCUACGAUCCUCAGUGGGACGGUGUCUACGCUUACAAAUACUAA